AUGCGUUGCACUUUUUCAGCCGCUGUCGUAUUCGCCUUGGUGGCCGACGUCUAUGGUCAUGGUGUCCUUACCCAAAUUCAGGGCGCCAACGGUGUUAACAUGCCUGGCUUAUCGGUGAUUGACGGCACUCCACGCGAUUGCGCCACCCCUGGCUGUGGCGCUGAGGCCGAUACCUCUAUCAUCCGCCAGAACGAGCUAGGAAGCAACAAAGCCUCUGCUCUGGGACGUACUAAUGGAGGUGGUCCUGUUGAUGCAGCGGCUGCCAUCUCCACAUUCAUGACUGGUUCAGCAGGUGGCUCUACUACAGGAAAACGGGGCCUCUUGGGUAACUUGCUUGGUGGAGGUAAUUCCAAAGCUGGUGCGGGGACUAACUCGCAAGGCACUUCGACCAAAAAUGCGCCUGUCGAAGGUGGUGUCAAGGCUGCUGCAGGCACUGGUGCUACAAGUGGCUUGCCUACGUGUUCCGACAACGGAACCAUCAGCUUGACCUAUCAUCAGGUGAACCAAGAUGGAGCCGGCCCUUUGACCGCUAUGAUCGAUCCUACCUCCGGUGGGACUGACCCAAGUGCCUUUAAGCAAGCUACUGUCACCCAAGAUGUCCCCGGUGAUAAGCUCGGGCUUUCUCUCGCGAAGACUGAGGACUUUCCUAUCACGGUUCAAAUGCCCCAAGGUAUGACUUGCUCCGGUAGCGUGGGCGGUGCUAGUAAUGUAUGCAUUGUUCGUGUCAACAAUAAUGCUCUUGCUGGACCUUUUGGUGGAUCUGCCGCAUUCACAAUGUCCUCGGCCGCGAAAAAGAGAGCAGUCGACUACAAUUUGAGCAAACGUCAUAUGGCUCGCGGKAUCCUCAAGCGCGCUGAGGAGGAGGKGGAGUAA